AUUUUAUAGUCCUUUAUUUUAUAUGUUUGAGGACCAUCAUCGCCAUGAUCGUCUCUACUGCGCGCGCUUCGUGCCUGCUGAAGACGAAGACAAGACCACGUUAGUGCGAGGUCGCUGAGAAGCGACAGUUGGGCCUUUUCCGUUUGCGCGCAGUUACCACAAAAGGGAAAAGCUAUGGCAGACACGCCUCAGGCAGCACUGAAAGAAGCCAAGCAACAAAGCAACUUGAGUGUGAACCCCAAGUAUACGGUCACAUGGCAUGGCUUCCUAAACAUUUGUGAAAUAGUGACGGCCAUUACGGCCCUGGUGGCCGUCAUGCUGUCUUCCAACGAGAGCUUGGCUGCCGAGCUGAUGGUGGUUUCGUCGUUUGCCUACGGCUACGUCUCGCUCAUGAUGCUCGCGGGCGGCAUCGUUUCCCCUUACACGCAAGCAUUGCUGCCGCUGUCGUUAUACUUUCUGCUGUACCACCUCAUUGGCAGCGCCUUCCUCUUGCUCAGCGGCGGUUGGCUCAUGGGCGUGGCCAAGGGCGAGUUCCUCAUGCAGGUCGCGGCGGGUGCCGGAAUUGGCUGUGGGAUAAUGCACUUUCUGCACGGCUUCUACACCUUCGUGACGGUUUUCCACCAGCCCGAGUGAUUGGCGCCAUCGCUUAGAUUUCUCGCGUCUUUAUAUAUAAAAAGAUUGUGACUCUACGCGUCGUGAAGUCCAUUUAUCGCUUUCCAUAGAAGAAACAUCGUUGGAGAUAGAAAUGCAACACUAGAGACCACAAACCCACAGACAAUAUAACAUAAGUCAACCGCAAUCGCGGCAAGCGUGCGUGGGAAAGUAACAUCCCGCAUUCAGAGGACAGUGAUCAUUGCGUAUCCGGCCAUACGUUUCACCAGUGUUCUAACUGCAGAGAGGUUCACUCAAACAGCUGUCUCUGUUUGAGUGAUGUUUGCCAGUAGUUACGGUUGGGAUGCAUCCGCAAUGGUCCUGCCGACACCGUGAUGAUAGUAGUCCUUGCUGCUAUUCUGAUGUACUGUGCCAGUGCAUAGACAUUUCGAGUGAAGACGGCAGGUGGCGUCUCCUCAACUUAACUAUUGUAGAAACUAUUUAUUCUCGUCUCCCUGCUCUUUGGAACAAACAUAACAUGUU